AUCCUGAUAAUGUGGCUCAAAUGAAAAAGAAAAACUGUGAGGGGGGAAGUUCUGCUCAGUGCGCUGUCAUCUCCCACUUAUAAACUCCUAUAAGUAACCACAGUCGCGGCUUAUGCCUUCAUACCGGCCAGUGUAGAUAGCACAGACACAGGCAGUGUCCGGUUGCAGAUCGGUCACAACACAAUAUCCCUCUGCCAUCAGUCAAAUGUCUAUUUUUGGCCCGAGGCUCAGCUGAUAGUGGGCCUUGAAAAUUCUGGCCCUCCCUGAUUUUUUUUUCUUGUAGUCAGUUGUUCAGGCUUAUUAGGAAAAGAGGGAGUUGUCUAACAGCAGAUGAGACUUUUGCUGGAUGUUAAGUUCAGUACUGAGGGAUGCAGCUCUCUAGGCUAUAACAUAAGUUGCCGAAGUGAGAACAUUUUUAGCUGGGUGUUUCCUUUUUAUUAUAGCCAGUUCAUCCCUGUGUGGGGCCGCUGUCACUGCUCUCCUCCUCGGCAGGGAAGAACAGCUGUAACUUCACUUCACAAGCUGACAAGGUGCUUCUUUGGGCUGUUAAUUCGCCACCACUAGGCUAUUUUUACUCUGUGGACGGAUACCACCAGAGGCAAACUUCAAAACUAACUUCAGCUUGUUUGAUCGGCGUCCUCCCGUUGGGUCCAGACGAGGAGGAUGGAGACGAGCCCCAUCCCGGUGUUGACGGUCCAAACCGCCCCCUUCGACGACCAGCGGCCCGGUACCAACGGGCUGCGGAGGAAGACGGCGGUGUUUGAGGGGAAGAAGAACUACCUGCAGAACUACAUCCAGAGCGUGUUGUCCUCCAUCGACCUGAGGGACCGGCAGGGCUGCACCAUGGUGGUGGGCAGCGACGGCCGCUACUUCAGCCGAGCUGCCACCGAGGUGAUAGUGCAGAUGGCAGCUGCCAAUGGGAUUGGUCGUCUGGUAAUCGGCCACAAUGGCCUCCUGUCCACCCCUGCUGUUUCCUGCAUCAUCAGGAAGAUCAAGGCCAUUGGUGGGAUCAUCCUCACAGCUAGUCACAACCCCGGAGGCCCUGGUGGAGACUUUGGAAUCAAGUUCAAUGUGGCAAAUGGAGGCCCGUCUCCGGACACAGUGAUGGAGAGGAUCUACCAGGUGAGCCGGACGCUCGAGGAGUAUGCCAUCUGCCCUGAUCUCCACAUUGACCUGUCCAGGCUGGGAAGACAAGAAUUUGAUCUGGAGAACAAGUUCAAACCUUUCAGAGUGGAGAUCGUAGACUCAGUUGAGGUGUAUCUACAACUGCUGCGAAACAUCUUUGACUUCAAUGCCAUUAAAAGUCUUCUCACAGGACCAGAUCAGCUUAAGAUACACAUAGAUGCCAUGAACGGAGUGAUGGGCCCCUACGUACGUAGGAUCCUGUGUGAUGAGUUGGGAUCUCCUGCUAACUCUGCUGUCAACUGUGUCCCUCUGGAGGACUUUGGUGGCCGACCUCCAGAGCCUAACCUGACUUACGCUACCUCUCUGGUAGAUGCCAUGAAAGGAGGUGACUUUGGCUUUGGAGCUGCAUUUGAUGCAGAUGGGGACCGGUACAUGAUCCUUGGAGAAAACGGCUUCUUUGUGAACCCGUCAGACUCAGUGGCCAUCAUGGCUGCCAACCUCUCCACCAUCCCCUACUUCAGACAGCUGGGAGUCAAGGGCUUUGCCAGGAGUAUAGCCACCAGCACCGCCCUCGACCGGGUAGCCAAAGCCAUGAAACUGGCGCUGUAUGAGACUCCCACAGGCUGGAGGUACUUUGGAAACCUGAUGGAUUCUGGGCGUUGUUCCCUCUGCGGGGAGGAGAGCUUUGGGACAGGUUCAGACCACAUUCGUGAGAAAGAUGGUUUGUGGUCGGUGUUGGUGUGGUUGUCCAUCAUGGCCGCCAGGAAACAGGGUGUGGAGCAGAUUAUCAGAGAACACUGGGCCAAGUUUGGACGUAACUACUUCUGCAGAUUUGACUAUGAAGGCCUGGACCCACGCACAGCCUUUUACCUGAUGAGAGAUCUGGAGGCAGUAAUCUCAGACAAGGCAUUCACCAGCCAGAAGUUUGCUGUAGGAGACCACAUGUAUAGCGUGGAGAAGGCCGACAACUUUGAGUACAUCGACCCCGUGGACGGAACAGUGGCUCGAAACCAGGGUUUAAGGAUCGUCUUCAAUGAUGCAUCCCGCCUGGUGUUUCGGAUGAGCGGGAGCGGCGGAGGGAUGGGUGCCACCAUCCGCAUUUACGCCGAGAGCUUCGAGAGAGACCCUGAGAGACACAACAGAGAGACUCAGGUGGUGCUGGGUCCUCUCAUUGCCAUAGCCCUGAAGAUCUCCAACAUCCAUGAGAGAACAGGACGCCGUGGCCCUAAUGUCAUCACAUGAGCACUCAUAUGCGUGCACACACAGGCAUCUACUUGCCCACACAAAAAAAUACCUUCAAAAUACUUGUUUCUGUGCUUAUCUGCCUUUUUUUUUAAAAAUCCAUUCUCUGUAGCUUCGUUCUCAUUUUUCAUUUUUGUUUAAACGGUGGCUAAGCUGAGGGUGCUGCCGCGGUUUAUCUCUCAAAAAGAACGUUAAUGUUGCACACUGUUAUCGCAGUUGUUUAUUGACCACUAUCAUCUGCCAGCUAUCGAAGACUUAAAAUAUUCAGUAUCUAAACCAGGGAGGCUAUUUAAUUAUUGCCAUGGAUAACUAAUGGAAAAUAUGUAAACAGCAAACAUAUUAUGAAUGUGCAGUCUGACUGUUGAUGUUUGUGGCUUGCUUUUAUCAAGACUUAUUGACUAAGGGAGCCUAAGAGAGUUUUUGUAUAACAGUGCAGAGUUCACUUUUCAUAUUGCUUGUACCUGUCCUCUCAGAUAUGUCACAGUGGGGUUUUUUUUUCAAUAAUUUCAUGCAGAAGUAAUCGAACUGUUGUCUAAGUGUAAAAAUAAAACAGGCAUCACAUCACAACUAAUAAAUCAUUGAAUUGAAUUGCAAUGAGUUGAUGUUUGAAAAUGAAUGUUAAUGCAUAUCUUGCUCUGUAAAAUAGUGGGAAGUUGUCAGACUCAUAUUUACUACCUAAGGACAGGGUAUUCAAAAUGUAAAAUAACAAAAUAGCAAAUGAAGUCACAGGUAAUGAAAAAAUUUUAGUUUUAGAAUUGUUUGGGCUUUUUCUUUAAUUUGUCAGUUUAUGCCUUUGGGAAUGCCAUAUAACCAUAUUUGAAUAUAUAAUUUCUUUUUUUUUAAAAUCCAAAUAAACUUUUUUGUGUGUAGCA